AUGAAAACGGGACCCACUCGCGCUUUCGCGCCACACCUGAUGACCAGCGCGAUCCUUUUGCGUCUGGGGCUGUUCAUAUUCAGUGUGUGGCAGGAUGAGACACGUUGGCCCGACGGACAGCUGCGGUUCACGGACGUGGACUACGACGUCUUUACGAGGGCGGCGAGGGCGAUGGUGGCCGGGCGAGACAUCUACGAGGCCAGCCCGACUUACCGCUACUCGCCCAUCAUCGCUCUCCUCUUAGCCCCCGGCCACUACGCCAUGGCGUUGUUCAACCUGUCCUCGGGAUACUACUUCAUUGCGUACGCCUUUGGAAAGGUGGUUUUCGUCACCGCGGACAUUCUUUGCGCAAUUGUUCUGCGUGAGAUUAUUUUGGUGGAGCGUACGGUGAGCAUGUUCACUUCCGGUACAAUCACAAGAUUUGACUUUGGUAGACUCUUUAAAAAUCCUGACAACCGCUCAAGAGCCCACUCGGUUUCCUGGUUGGUCGGAAUUUUUUGGCUGUUUAACCCCAUCACGGCGGCUGUCUCUGUUCGCGGUAACGCCGAAUCGGUCCUUGGUUUAUGCGUUCUCGCCUGCCUACUUUGUCUUCUCAAGGGUCGCGUCGCACUCUCAGGCGUUCUCUUCGGUGUCUGCAUUCACCUCAAGCUCUAUCCAAUCAUCUACGCCCCCGUGAUAUAUCUUUACUUGUGCGAAGGGGAUCCUCUAACAUGGGUGACCCUGCUCCUUCCCAAUCGACGGCAUUGGCUAUUUGGUUUUGCCACGCUUUCGUCCUUGUUAGGGCUUACGUGGGCCGGCUAUGCCGUCUACGGAUGGGUAUUCCUUCACCAAGCCUACUUUUACCACUUCACACGCGUCGAUUUCUGGCACAACUUUGCUCCACACUUCUACCCUAUAUAUCUCUUUGAGGGCGUUUUAGCACUGAAUGAAACAGCCUACGAUGUCGAUCUGUUUCCAUACAACCACUUCCCCGUUUGGCUCCUGGACACCUUCUACCAACCAGCGACACUCAGGCAGAUUUAUUCGGUCUUCAAGAUCCUCAUUAUGCUACCUUCGGUCGUCCUAGUGACGGCCCUCUCCUUUCAACUGCGCCACAGACUGAGCUUCGCUUGGUUUGCUGUCACUUUCGUGUUCGUCUCUUUCAAUAAGGUGUGUACUUCUCAAUACUUUCUUUGGUGGCUUGUUCUUCUGCCCGCGGCGCUGGCUCACGUGGAAUCGACACAGAAACACAGCAAAGCGAAGGGACUCCUCGCGGCACUGGCGUCGAAACUGGGCCUUAGUCCCACGGCCAUUCGUCGGUUUGUGGGCUUGGCCAGCCUCUGGCUGGGGAGCCAGGGCUGCUGGCUGUCGAUGGCCUAUCUGCACGAGAUGCAGGGUGGCCGCUUUUGGGGCCGUGGUCUGUGGCUCGCCCUGUGGGCAGCGUCUCUCCUCUUUCUCGCCGCCAAUAUUCUAAUACUAAAGAAAUUGAUGCAGUGGGUGGAUACGGACGCCUCUCGCAGACCUGGCAAAAAGCGCCUCGAUGAUGCACAGACGCACAAGAUCGUCGGUGCGGUCGAACGCCAGAAAGAAGAGGUUGAGGGUGUCAUCCGAAAAAGGCGGGUUCUGGCUACCUCCAAUGAUUAG